CGUACCCCUUGCGAGUCAUUGGUUCCUUUCUUCAGGUAAUCCUCGGCUAGGGAAGUGAUCGCACUAAGAUUCAUUAGGGUUGGAGAACUUAAUAUCGACAGCGAUCAGACGGCUGGGUAACGCGAGGAGCCGAGUGUCGUUCAAAUGACGGUUGAGCAGCGAGUGAGGAGUAAUGUCGUCCGCUGAGAAAUGUUAGCUUGUUGACAGCUAGUCAACAAGCUAACGUAAUUAGCUUAGCUAACACACCCCUAAUUUAUCGAAAGCAACAACAUGGCAUGAUAAUAUAGCAAUUAUUAGGCAAUAUAAUUCCCUUUAGGGGAUGCUUAGUUGCAAACGUAUGCGUUGACCAACAUAUUAUGUGUUUUGUGGACUUUCGAGUUUAGCUAGCUUAGUUCGAUAGCUGAAAUCAUUUUUAGUAAACAAGUGAUUUGUCAGUACAUCUGUGAUAGUACUUUAAAUAAUAUGUGACAGGGCUUCACAGCUGAAAUAUUUAAAUUAGUGUCGCUCUAGCUUCCUCUUUGUUAGGGCUUGACGUCUUCUUGAGGUUACAGUUACACUCUCCUACCUCUAUAUUCAUUUUUUGAAAAUGAAAAAUUGUGAGUAUCAACAAAUAGACCCACGAGCGCUCGUAACAUCAAACACCCGGACCUCCACAACCUUACCCUGUGGAAGGAAAAACUCCCAGCGACUACGGAGGAAAUGGGAAGUUUUCCCUGGAAACAAUCGCUUCUACUGUGAUGGGCGUAUUAUGUUGGCCAGGCAAUGCGGCGUGCUCCCGCUGACCAUCGGCCUUAUUUUCAUCACCAGUGGCUUAUUUUUCACAUUUGAUUGCCCCUUUCUGGUGCAUCACCUCACUGUCUUCAUUCCAGUAAUUGGUGGGGUGUUAUUUGUAUUUGUCAUCUUCACCCUCCUUCAAACCAGUUUUACAGACCCGGGGAUAUUACCCAGGGCUUUGCCGGAUGAGGCUGCGGACAUUGAGAGACAGAUUGAUAAUUCUGGAUCCUCAACAUACCGUCCACCUCCUCGCACUAAAGAGAUCCUUAUAAAUGACCAGGUGGUCAAGCUUAAAUACUGUUUCACCUGCAAGAUGUUCCGUCCGCCCCGGACGUCCCAUUGCAGCCUGUGCGACAACUGUGUCGAGCGGUUCGACCACCAUUGUCCUUGGGUGGGAAACUGUGUUGGGAAGCGAAACUAUCGUUUUUUUUACGCAUUCAUAGUGUCACUAUCCUUUCUGACCUCCUUUAUCUUUGGCUGCGUGAUCACUCACCUCACUUUAAGAUCACAAACUGGGAGCGGUAUCAUCCAGGCAAUACAGCAGAGCCCAGCCAGUGUUGUCGAGCUGGUCAUUUGCUUCUUCUCCAUCUGGUCCAUUCUUGGUCUGUCAGGUUUCCAUACUUAUCUUGUGGCCUCCAACCUCACAACCAACGAAGAUAUCAAAGGCUCUUGGUCCAGUAAAAGAGGAGAAGAAUCAGGAAAUCCAUACACCUAUAACAACAUCUUCUCAAACUGCUGUGUGGUGCUUUGUGCGCCGAUGCCACCCAGCUUGAUUGACAGAAGAGGCUUUUUACCUCCAGAUGACGCACCUCAAACAGUGACCUCUGACACUGAGCUCCCUCCUUUCAUGGCUAAGAAUGACACAAAUAUGUGCACGCAGAGCACAAAGGAGCUCUUAGAAUCAAUGGCACACUCCACAGUGAUCCAGAGCACCUGUGCUCCGGGCACACCCAAAACCGCCCCGGUCACCCAAGAGAGCCUACUAAGUACCAUCUCUAGCACUGUCUCUCCCCCUAACAGACCUCCUUCUACCGGCUGCUCAGGCCGCCAGGCCCGGCGCCCCAUAGAUGUUCCCUGCUCCCAGAGGGAGAACAAACGGGCCGCUCUUCACAACCAUAAACCCAUGUUGCAUGUACCCAGCCCUCCCUACUCCGUCGGCCACAGUCCGCUCAUUCUUAGUGACGCUCCCGACAUGGGCUUUAUCCCACUGAACUGAGCGCAGUAACUCUGCCACCAGCAGCCUUGUGCAAAUAUUCACUUUGAGAACAGCAUCACACUUUUUAACAAACUGUGACGUACUAUACUCAGGAUCUUCUCAGGAAACAUGCCAUCUUUCAACAAAUGGGAAUAAGCCUGCAUUGACUUUUUAAAUAACAGAGGGAUUUCAAGAUUUAAAAAUUGUUUUGUUCCGUUACCAUCAACAUACUUAGUGGAGAGAAACGCAAAACGUCUUCAUAAGAUGCUUUUGGUUUUUAGUCCUUUUGCACAAACGUAUCAGCAGAUGAUCAGUGUUUUACGGAACCUCAAGCCAUUGUUUUCAGCCUUUUGCCAUCUGCUUAGACCUAUUGCAAUAAUUAUAUGCUUUGAAAGGUCACUUGGGUCUAAAAAAAAAGCCUUACUUCGGAGUCGCUUCUGUUCAUUUUGUGUGACCUACAAUAAAGUCAUUGGUUAAAAAGUAUUCACACCAACAACCAAGUAUAUAAACGGCAGUUAUGAAUGGGUAUCAAAGAGCUUCAAGGGUUAAUGAGUUAUCUGUAUAUGUGAUACAUUGUUACUGUUGGUCCAGGGGUUAUUUCCUCCUGUAUAAUGUUGCGGCUACUGGUGAAUUAACAGCUUUCAUAUUUAUGUUUGUUUUGUGUCCUUUUGAUACAGGGUUUUUCCUUCAUUGAAAAAUUUUCAGUGGCAGCCCAAGUGAUAUUUGGGCAUCCUAAAGUAAAUGUAAUAGUUUUUGAUGCAAUGUUUUUUUUCCCCCCUAAGGUCAUUUGUCUUCAUCUUGAGUUCUGCAUUUUUAGAUGGAAAGUGAAAGAACACAGUGUGAACCACAGACCACAAAACCUGUUUGACCCAUUUAAAUUCUAUUAAGGGGUUUUCUACUUUAAAGUACUGCUGAGGAAGUCAAACCUUUUUAACAACAAUCAGUAAUCUUGGGAAUGCAAAUGUGGACGUUCAGACUUUUGUUAGACUUCCCUUAGCACUUUGGUAACGCUAUUGUACAUUUCAGUUUUAACUAAUGCAGGUGUCAUGAACUAACAAUAAAAAUAUUUUUACAGCAUUGAUUAAUCCAAUGUUAAAUUCUACAUGUAAUACUUUUUAACAUUUCAAGUCAUAUCAACAAACAUCAAUGUAUUAUGAACAAAGAUUACUUAAAGUAAUUAAUGAAUCGUUUUUAAUAUAAAUUGUAAGUGUGUCAAAUUUGUGUACGUGUAUAUAAGCUACCACCGAAAAUCAUUUUUAAUCUAGGAAAAACCUUGUAGUAUUUCUGAGUUUGGUGGGUCAAAGAUUAUUUUCUGAUUUGUUAUUAAAGUUUUUUUUCUAAGCAUGAGAGAAGAACCUAACUGAAACCUUUUGCCUUGAGAUUGAUGGAUUACUGUUAUUUACAUCAUCAUUAAGAUGAUUACAUUAAGUUUUUUUAAUAAAUAGGAGUCUGGCACAGUAAUAAAGUUGACAGUAUAUGUUUCAAAAUGUUUUGCUCAUCUAAAAACUUAGAUUUAUAGAAGUUGAUCACUGCCAGCAGUGUUGGAGGGAAAGUCAAAGAAUGAAUGACUUGUGUUUUGUGUUAUUAUUCUUUUUCACCUGAAGACUUAAAGACAAAAAGUAAUAAACAAAUGUUCUUUCCA